AUGCUUCAAAGGAAGCCCCCCAAGGGGCUCUUUUUCCACCUUAUGGAGCGGCGACUCUUUUCAGGGCUCCUUGACAAACAAAGGGCUUCUAGAAUUACUGGCACCGUCAUCAAAUUUGACCGCCGCAAGGGAUAUGGCUUCAUAAAGCCGAAUGAUGGAGGACCCGACAUUUUCGUUCACUACACUGAUAUAUGCCAAGCCAGGACCUUCUCAUUAACGACUGAAGAGAAAAAAAAGUUAAGUUGGUGCUCGAGAGUGGACAUGCCACCUCGGCAAGAAGAAUACAACUACGGAAAUGAUAACCCCUCUGCAAAAAAAGAGCAAAUAAAAACAGAAUUCAAAUACUUAGUGCCAGGGGAAAGGGUUAAAUUUUACGUGACAUACGAUCAGCAGAGCCAUUCGACCAAGGCGAUAAAUGUGGACUACCUGGACUGA